AUGAACGCUCGAAGCAUUGUCAACAAGGUCGACGAGCUACAAGUCCUCGCUAUAAACAGGGACGUGUUGGCCAUUACCGAGAUAUGGCUAAGACCGGUCAUCAACAGCUGCGAGAUAUUUCCCAAUAUGGACUUCACUAUUCAUAGAAGAGACAGAUUUGAGCAUAACAACAAACGUGGAGGAGGCGUCCUGUUAGCAGUUCGAAAUACAGUGCCAUGUGUUAGAAGGCCUGACCUCGAAACCUCAGCUGAAAUUAAUGUUUGCGAGCUUCGUCCGUCGUGCGAGAAAAAGAUAUUGAUGGCAGUUUUCUACCGCCCUCCUUCUUCUGAUUAUCUCUAUUUGAAAGAAUUUAUGAAAUUUCUGGACCAAGCCUCCAGGGCUAAAUGUGAUCAACUUUUGAUUGUUGGUGAUUUCAACUUACCAGACGUCGACUGGGCUACCGUAACUGCCUCUAUCGAUUAUCAGAUGUACACCCUCUUUACUAAGGCAAUUAAGGAUCAUUUUCUUUGGUAAGUUAUAGAUUUCCCAACCAGGAAUGAUCAUAUUUUGGAGUUACUGCUCACAAAUAUUCCAGACAAGAUUUCAAAUGUUAAAGGAUCUCAGGAUAUUUUGAACUCAGAUCACCAACUCAUUGAAUUUCCCUUGGACCUUCGAAUCAAAAGCCAAUCACAUAUUAAACGACGACUAUAUCAUUUUAAGAAAGCUGACUGGAACGGCCUCAAACACUCACUCCGUUUGGUCAACUGGGACCUGUGUUUUGAGGAAAACGACAUAAACGCUUCUCUUACUAAUUAG